ACACGUGGAGGAGGCGGGCGGCUUCCUUCCGACGAGCCGUGCACGCAGGCCGGACUCCUCGCUAGGAAGCCAGCCCCGCUGUUGCGCUCGUUUUGCUAACGAGUAAACCUGCGGCUCAUACUGCGCGGUCGCUAGCCAGUCGGACCCGCUCCCCGCACUUCCUGUCCUCGGACGGCCCAGCGGCUGAUGCCGCGGCGCAGGGUUGAGCCGGGGCAGGAGGCGGAGAUCGGGGCGGAGUAAGAGCGGCGGGGCGGCCGGGUGCUCUCUGGGGGUGCCGGUGGCGGCUGGUUGUUUUGUCUCGUCCCGUUCCGUCCUGUCCGGCCGCCCGACGGCGAAGCGGCGAUCAUGCCUCGGCGUCAGGGCAGCUCUGGCGGCGUGUCGGAGCGGAGUCCGCUGUUGGCUUACCGACUGUGCAACAGCAUCUCGGUGGAAGCGGAACCAGCCGGGGCGAGGGCUGGAACCCGCCAGCUGCACACCUUCUUGGGCGUCGUCGUCCCCACUUUGCUCUCUAUGUUCAGCGUGGUGCUCUUCCUGCGUCUUGGAUUUGUGGUGGGUCAGGCUGGGUUGUACCAGUCCCUGGCCAUGUUCCUCGUGGCCUAUUUCAUCAUUGGCAUGACAGUCCUGUCGGUCUGCGCUAUCUCCACCAACGGAGCCUUGGACGCUGGCGGUGCCUAUUACAUGAUCAGCCGGGCGCUGGGGCCUGAGUUUGGGGGCAGCAUUGGCAUUAUGUUCUUCUUGGCCAAUGUUUGCGCCAGCGCCCUGUACAUCCUUGGGCUUGUGGAGGCCGUCGUCGAUGACUUUGGAGUCCCAGCAGAGGGCGGCACAGGCAGCGCCAUCCAGGUCCUUCCCCGCGGCUAUUGGUUCGACCUGUUGUACGGCACAGCCUUCCUCUUCCUCUGCCUGCUGGUGUGUCUCGUGGGCGCCGGCAUCUACGCCAAGGCCACCUUCCUCAUCUUCCUCAUUGUGAUGCUGGUGCUGGGCACUGUUUGCCUCAGCUUCUUUGUGGUGCACCCCCGCUCCGUGAAGCUGCCCACAGGCAGCGAUAGCAACGGCACGGACCUUGGCAACGCUUCCUUCACCGGCUUCAAGCUCAGCACCCUCCAGGCCAACCUCCCAGCCGCCUACAGUGUGGAUUACACGACCGGGCGGCUGAUGAGCUUCAGCACCGUCUUCGCCGUCAUGUUCAACGGCUGCACAGGAAUCAUGGCCGGCUCCAACAUGUCAGGGGAUCUUAGGCGGCCGAGCUACUCCAUUCCCCGGGGCACCAUCACGGCUGUGAUCUUCACUUACAUCGUAUACAACUUGUUGGCUGUGCUGCUGAGCUGCACCUGUGACAGGCUCCUCCUCCAGCGGGACUACAGCUUCCUGAGGGACAUCAACAUCUGGCCUCCGUUUGUCAUCAUUGGCAUCUACUGCUCCACUCUGUCAGCUGCCAUGAGCAACCUGAUUGGCGCCUCCCGGAUCCUCUACGCUCUGGCCAAGGAUGACCUCUUUGGCAAAGCUCUGUCCCCAGCAAAGCAGACAUCCCGUGGCGGGAACCCCUGGGUGGCCGUCAUCUUCUCCUGGGUGCUUGUGCAGCUGGUGCUUUUCUCUGGCAAGCUGAACAUCAUUGCCGCCGUGGUCACCAUCUUCUUCCUGCUGGUCUACGCCACUGUGGAUUUGGCCUGUCUAGCGCUCGAAUGGGCAUCUGCCCCAAACUUCAGACCCACAUUCCAUUAUUUCACCUGGCACACCUGUGUGCUGGGCAUCGCGGGCUGUGUCGUCAUGGUGUUCCUCAUCAGCCCCAUCUACGCCUCGGCCAGCGUGGCCUUUAUGGUGGUCCUCCUCGUGGCCCUCCAUUACCUGUCGCCCAGCAGCAGCUGGGGCUACAUCAGCCAGGCUCUCAUCUUCCACCAGGUCCGCAAGUACCUGCUGAUGCUGGACAUCCGCAAGGAGCAUGUCAAGUUUUGGCGGCCCCAAGUGCUGCUGAUGGUGCGGAACCCUCGAAGCUCCCUGCAGCUCAUCAGCUUCAUCAACGACCUCAAGAAGAGUGGCUUGUAUGUGCUUGGCCACGUGGAACUGGAUGACUUGGACUCCCUGCCGGCUGACCCCUUGCCAGACCAGUCCGACUCAUGGCUGCAACUCGUGGACAGGCUGAACAUCAAGGCCUUUGUCAACCUGACCCUCUCCGACUCCAUCAGGCAUGGCACCCAGCAGCUGCUUUUCAUCUCUGGCUUGGGAGGCAUGAGGCCCAACACCAUUGCUCUGGGUUUCUAUGACAACACGGCCUCGCAGGACUGCCUGUCCCAACACCCGGCCUUUAGCAAGGGGGAGGAGGAGGUGGCCUGGCAGAACUUCCCUCCAGUCUGGACUUCGGGGAGCCGCAAGCGACUCUCCGCCCACGAGUAUGUGGCCAUGAUCGCAGACGCCGUGAAGAUGCAUCGAAAUGUCCUCCUCGCACGCUCCUUCGAGGAGCUGAAGCUCCCCCAGGAGUUGGGGUGGCGGGUGCAGCCUCUCAUCGACGUCUGGCCCAUCAACCUGCUGCGUCCUGACAGCGCGCACUAUGUGGACACCAGCAGCCUCUUUCUUCUGCAGAUGGCCUGUGUCCUAGCCAUGGCCCGGUCCUGGCGCCGGGCCCGCUUGCGCCUCUUCCUCUGUGUGGAGAGCGGCACCCGCCCCCGGGGCCAGGAGGACAAGUUGCGGCAACUCCUGAAGGACCUGCGCAUCCAGGCGCACAUCCACACUGUGCUGUGGGACAACGUGGUUGCCCUCCACUGGCACAAUCAGCAGGAAGCUGUGGAAGAUAACACCGUCAACUUUCCCGGCAAUGUGGCAUGCGUUACGGAUGAGUACCUGAGCGCCGUCAACCAGCUGAUCCUCCAGCAGAGUUCCGCCCCCACUGUCCGCUUCCUCUACUUGCCCCGUCCCCCGGCGGAUACCAGCCUGUACCUCAGGUACUUGGACCAGCUUGAUGUCCUCACUCGGGGACUGGGCCCCACGCUGCUGGUGCACGGAGUCAGUGCUGUCACCAGCACCGAACUCUAGAUUGGGUGUACAAGGUCCAUGUGAGUCAUUGGGGUUGUGGAGGUUUGCUCGCUGAUGCCCCACGAUGGCCAAGGGUUAGUGAGUGGCAGGGCACCAGACAGUUGUGGCACAUCAGGAAACGAGGGCUGCAACGAUGUGCUGAAGGCAGGUUGCUGGGGUUCCUCUGUUGGCCCUGCCGGAGUUGACUCUCUUUGCCUCAGCUUCCCUUUUCACCAAAGACUGGGAUGCUUUGAGGACUCGCAGGCACGGGAACCAUGAGACCAGCCUGGUGCCCAGCAAAGCCGUCCAAGCCAGAAGGAGACUGCUGCCACCCAAGUGCCUUCUCCUCAACGUUGUCCCUUUGGAGCUGGGAUUCUCCAUCGGCCCAAGCAGAGAUGGAGCUAAGCAAGACCAAAGGUUGCCAAACUGGCACUGGGCCAGUGGCCUCGGAAACUCUGCAAUGGCUACUGUGCCUAUGUUACUUGUGGAAAUGGGGGCAAAAUUAAAGAUGGUACUGAUGGAUCCAA